AUGUCGACCUCCACCGCCCCAACCCAGGAGAUCAAGGAUGAAAUCAAGGCUGUCGAGAAGAAGGCUGUGAACCAGACCAUUCAGCAGCUGCGCUCUCUGGGCGCCGGUGCUGCUGGUGGUCUCUGCGCCGUCGUCGUGGGACACCCCUUCGACCUGGUCAAGGUCCGCUUGCAGACCGCCGAGAAGGGUGUCUACCAGGGCGCCAUGGACGUUGUGCGAAGGACCGUUGCGCGCGAGGGUCUUAUUCGGGGAAUGUACGCCGGCGUGUCUGCCCCGCUUGUGGGUGUGACUCCGAUGUUUGCCGUGAGCUUCUGGGGUUAUGACGUGGGAAAGACCCUCGUGAACAAGCUCUCCACCGUGCCAGUGGUGAACAACACCCCGCAAUACUCUAUCGCCCAGAUCUCCGCCGCUGGUUUCUUCUCCGCCAUCCCCAUGACCCUCAUCACCGCGCCCUUCGAGCGCGUUAAGGUCCUUCUCCAGAUCCAGGGUCAAAAGACCCUGGCACCCGGCGAGAAGCCCAAGUACUCCGGCGGAAUGGAUGUCGUGCGCCAACUAUACAAGGAGGGCGGUAUGCGCAGUGUCUUCCGGGGUAGUGCUAUGACCCUGGCCCGUGAUGGACCCGGUUCGGCCGCUUACUUCGCUGCGUACGAGUAUAUCAAGCGCAGCCUGACCCCCAAGGAUGCGGAUGGAAACCUCACUGGCGAACUGUCUCUCCCGGCUGUCGUCGCUGCAGGUGGUGCUGCUGGUAUCGCUAUGUGGAUUCCUGUCUUCCCCGUCGACACCAUCAAGUCCCGUCUGCAGAGUGCCCCGGGCAAGCCCACCAUCGGUGGAACCAUCCGCUCGGUCUACGCUAGCGGUGGUUACAAGGCUUUCUUCCCUGGAUUCGGACCGGCCCUGGCUCGUGCUGUGCCCGCUAACGCGGCUACCUUCCUCGGUGUCGAACUCGCCCACAAGGCGAUGAACAAGUUCUUCGAUUAG